AGUGAUAUUUGAUUAUUCAGGUUGUAGUCAUAAUAUAAAUGUUAAGAUUUAUGGAAUGUCUUUUUUUUAGAUUAAAAAUUUUCUUUUAAAUUGUAUUUCUUGGUUUUGGGGCUGGAAAAUUACACAACAGGAGCAUGUUUCUGGGACUUGUUUUGAAAACUGUGUGUAAGCUAUCUGCCAGGUAGACAGUGGACUGAAGAGUGUUAUUGGAAGCAACUCCUAGAAAGUUCAUUUCUUUUCACAGACCUGAACAAAGUCUGGGAAUGUAAUGCCAUGCCUAAAAUCAGAAUUUAAGAAUUUCGCGAGUACAUUUCUCUACCAUUUUUCUUUACACUCACUCUUUUUUACACUCACUCACUCUUCUUUACACUCACUCAUUUUUCUUUCUUUCUGCAAGCUUUUUGAUCAAACGCACCUGAGCAGCGCCGUCUAGGCAUCAGCAGCAGGACAGGUCCAGUUGAGGUGAAAAAUAAACCUGAAAGUAAAAUUAGCAAAUAAGCCCGUGCAGUGCCAGGUGAGGAAAGGUAGAAAACAACAAAAAUAACUGGCACAUUAGUUUUGCAGGAAUGUUAGGUUUCUAAAGGAAAUGGUGUCUGAGAAUUGCAAGAGAGGGAACCGGGAGCGUGUCCCAGAAUGGAGAACAGCCGGGUUUGCGCGGGAAGGGAGAGGCGCCAGGGCUUUUAAGUUCAGGGUCGCUGUGACUUCCUCGCCCUUGGUGUCCAGGCCUGUCUGCUCUGCCCUCAGUAGCUCGGACGCCCGCCCCUUCCCGCCACUAGCAGGGCACGGGCCUCGCGCAGACCCCGCGACUCCUCUGGCCUCGUACCUGCCUCUGCACCGCGGACGCCCGGAGCUAACGUCCCAGAGCACGCAUGUCCGCCAGCUAAUUCUCUUGACGAUGACGAACUCGCAGCGAGGCCCGUUUCCUGCAGAUGAAAUGCGCAGGCCUCCGUCUGAGAUUCAGGGAGCAGAAUCUUCCGCCCCUUCCGCCUGCCGCCCGCCGGCGUGGCCUCCCGACUCCGCCCCUUCCGCCUGCCUCCCGCCGGCGUGGCCUCCCGACUCCGCCCCUUCCGCCUGCCGCCCGCUGGCGUGGCCUGCCGACUCCGCCCCUUUCGCCUGCCGACGUGCCCCCCCCGACUCCGCCCCUUCCGUCUGCAGCCCAGCCUCCGCCUGCCUCCGCCGCGCGCUUUUUGUGCAGGUCUUCGUGGUUUGCCUGGCGACGGUUUCUUCACAGAUUUCACAUGUGCCCUCCCAUUUUGCUCCUAUAUGCCACCCGCCAUGCAAGCACGGUGAAUGCAUCGGGCCGAACAAGUGCAAAUGUCAUCCUGGAUAUGUUGGAAAAACCUGCAGUCAAGAUCUAAACGAGUGCGGCCUGCAGCCGCGGCCCUGCGAGCACCGGUGCAUGAACACGCACGGCAGCUACAAGUGCUACUGUCUCAGCGGGUACAUGCUCCUGCCCGACGGGUCCUGCUCAGGUGCCCUGACCUGCUCCAUGGCAAACUGUCAGUAUGGCUGUGACGUCAUCAAGGGACAGACACGGUGUCAGUGUCCCUCUCCCGGCCUGCAGCUGGCCCCCGACGGGAGGACCUGUGUGGAUGUCGACGAGUGUGCCGCGGGAAGGGCCCCGUGCCCCCGGUCCCGGCAGUGCGCCAACACCUUCGGCAGCUACGUCUGCAAGUGCCCGGCAGGCUUCGACCUCCUGUAUGUUGGCGGCAAAUACCAAUGCCGUGAUGCAGACGAAUGCUCCCUGGGCCGGCACCAGUGCAGUGCCUUCGCCCGGUGCCACAACGUGCCCGGGUCCUACACGUGCAGAUGCAGAGACGGGUACCGGGGUGACGGCCUGAGAUGCGUGUAUAUCCCAAAAGUUAUGAUUGACCCUUCAGGUCCAGUUCAUGGACUGAAGGGAAACGGCACCAUUUUAAAGGGUGACGGAGGACAUACUAAUUGGAUUCCUGGUGCUGGGAGUACAAGGGGGCCAUCGAAGACACCACAUACUCCUCCUGUUGUUGCCAGCACACCCACCCCAAAGCCAGCAGCGCUGCCCACUCCACCGCCCCCACCGCCCCUGCCCACAGAGCUCAGGCCCGAGGCCCCGGCAGCCACGCCAGGAAGGCCCCGCCCCAGCCUGACGACUCCAGCACCGGCCGCCAGCACGUCUCCACGAGGGGUCACAGUGGACAGCAGGGUCCCGACAGACCCGCAGAAACCCAGAGGAGAUGUGUUCAUUCCACGGCAGCCUUCAAAUGAUCUGUUUGAGAUUUUUGAAAUAGAAAGAGGAGUCAGUGCAGAAGAAGAAGCAAAGGAUGAUCCAGGUGUUCUGAUACACAGCUGUGGUUUCGACAACGGACUUUGUGGAUGGAUCAGGGAAAAAGACAGUGACUUACACUGGGAACCCGUCAGGGACCCGGCAGGUGGGCAGUACCUGGCCGUGGCGGCAGCCAAAGCCCCAGGCGGAAGAGCCGCUCGCUUGGUGCUACCUCUCGGCCACCUCAUGCGUUCGGGGGACCUGUGCCUGUCCUUCAGACACAAGGUGGCGGGGCUGCAGGCGGGCGCGCUGCAGGUGUCUGUGCGGAGACUCGGGGCCCCCGGAGCAGCCCUGUGGGGCAGGAGCGGAGGCCACGGCUGGAGGCGGACGCAGAUCACCCUGCGAGGGCCGGGCGUCAAGAGCGUCAUCUUCAAAGGAGAAAAGAGGCGCGGCCACGCGGGGCAGGUCGCGCUGGACGACGUGAGCUUGAGAGCAGGGCCCUGCGCGGAGGAGCGCCCGCCACCCCGGCACUAGCAGUGCACUCCGCCUCUUCGCUUUUCACUCCUCUUCUCUCAUCUUCCAUCCCGCGUCUCUUUCUGGGUGGCCUUCGGUGUGUGUGACCCAUGCCGUCCUUCACCUGGUUACAAGGUGCUCCUUGUAGCAAAUUAGGGGAGCAAAUUAAAUUAUGGGAGAAGCUUUCAGAAGAAAUCUGUGCAGAUGGCCAUCAUGCUGUCUGUUUGGGGUGCCCUGACAUGAGCAGUACUGACUCCCUGAGAUGCAGUGUGCAGUGUGCUAGUGAAGUGGGUUUAUCCUCUUCUCCCAGGUUAGUUCUGGCCUGACCUGAACUCUUUCACUGCCAUUCACUUUAUAAAAUAAGGGCGUGUAACAUACCAAGGUGCAUUUAUUGUUAUCUGUGUUUUUCUUUCAAAGACAAUUAUGUAGAGCUGGGCACAUAAGCCUUCAUUAGUGCUGUUGUGUUUUGUGUAAAUGUGUGAUUAAGUAUUUACCUGUUCCUGAUAUUUGCAGACUCUAGUUGCAAGGUAAUGGGCAGCUUGUGAUCUCUUGAGUUAAAAAAUAACACAGUGAGAUGUCAUCCGGUUCCAUGGCCUUAUAUUGGCAGCAAGAGAAAAUGGGCAGAGGUAUCCGUUUGUGCUAGUGGAGUGAUGAAUUUUUUUUUUUUGAUUGCCUUGUGUUUGAUCUUUGCAAAGGAUUGUAAACCAUUUCAGGAGAUAAGAAACUGCAGUUAGUAUAUGAAACCUUCACUGUGUCAAGCUGUACUUGUAAGCUAGCAGCUUUGCCAUCAGGACUCGGCUCUCUGGCAAUCUGUGAGCUUUGUCAAAGUUUUGGUUGUUUUGGAGAAAGGAUCCUGUUGAAGGAAGCAGAGUGAGAGGAAGCCUGGGGAAACUCCGCCGGAACAGAUUUUCACGCAGAGUUGUGAAUCAGAGUGUAGGCAGGUGUAGCUGUCACUCAGUGCUGGGUCAGGACAGGGCGGGGCCGUCCCGGGAGGCGUCGGGUUGGGAGUGGGGUUUGCACUCACCAGAGCAGCGGGACAAGAUGGGACUUCUAAGAUCCAUGAAUUCCCAACUAUAUUUCCUCUCUGCGUAUUUUACGCUUAUAUUUAAAAAUAAUGGGACUUUUAAAAGGCAACUUACUCCUGAGGCUUUUCUUAAUUUCUGAUUAAAUAAUCAAAAUAUUUUCUGCUGUUUUUGCCAGGAGUCACAAAAAUGAUUAAAGAGUUGGGAAAAAAGAUCUAUGAUGAAAAAUUAAAGGAAAUGGGAUUAUUCAGCCUGGAGAAGACCAAGGGGCAAACUAUUGAUGGUUUUCCAGUGUGUGGAAGGCUGGCACAGAGGGUGGUAGCCAGCUGUUGUUCUCCACGUGCACUAAGAAUAGAACAAGAGGAAACAGGCUUAGACUAGGGGGUGUGGGGUCAUUUCUGGGCAGGGACAGUUGUUAAACUAGAAUCCUUUAUAAAAAAAAAAAAAAAAAAAAAAAAGGUGUGCAAAUCUUACUCUUCUCCCUGCCCCUACUCUCUCAGCUUAAAAAUCAGAUAAAAAGUUAUCUAUUUAAGAUGGUUAAAGAUGUUCUUACCUCAAGGUAAAGUGACAGAUUACAGAGUCUCCCCAGAGCUGUUUUGAUCCUAUUGCUGGUUUGGAAUGAAAAUCUUCAGAACUAAGUACUUUGGACUAGGCGCUAAUUUAGACAUUGCCCUCGUGACCUCUUAAUGAAGAGGAAAGAGCCUACCAAAUGCUAAACUCACUAAAACGUCUUUCCUUUUAUGGCAAACUGAGCAAUAUUAAAGCCAAAAGAAAAAAAAAUCGCCAAAAAACUAUUUAUUCCCAAAGAGAAUAUGAUGGACAGAUACUUUAGUAUCUCAGUGAUGUCCUAAUGUGGUAGUGUCUUAAAAUUGUUUUUCUUGGUGUGAGUGUAAACCGUUCACUUGCUCAGUGGAUGACGUUUCGUGGUUUUCAAAGACACCAGGAUCACAGUUCAGAGAGAUGUCUGUCUGGGGCUUUCUCUCUGCUGUGUGUGACAGUUAACUUGGCCACUGAAAGGAGUGCCCUGCCCAGCUCCCCGGCCUUGCCUUCACCCCCGUCAGCGUGAGUCAGUUUCUCGUCACAAUUGGGGUCUCCCGAGUGCCACAAAAUAGUAAUGGUUUUUGAACAACAGGUACAAUAGAAGGUCUUUUGUGGUUGAAUGUGGUAGAGGCAGGGCUGCAGGUAGAAUGUAAAUCAUUAAGCCUUUGAGCAGAGUCAGAGAAUAUGGCCUUCGAUCCAUUUUUAAUGAUUCAUUUCCUUUUUGGUUAUAUAACUGAACAGCUGAAGAUGAAAGGGGAAAAUAAUUGAAAAUUUUACUUUUAGGUGCCAAUAAUAUAUUGCACUAAACUGGUGGUGGAAGUUAUCCAAAGUACUGUAUCACAUCUUGUUUAUUAUUUAAUGUUUUCUAAAGUGAAAAAUGUUAGUGGUUCUCCAAACGGCCAAAUAAAAACAAUUCUUUGUAAAUAAAAAGUUAA